AAGCCCGCGAGUAUACACGCAAGGCGCCUCGAGCGGCCAGUCGCGCGGCAAUUUUGUGUGUACUCGCGGGCUUCUUUCACGGACGGAAAAAAAAACUUUAUUGAUAAAAAGCCGCUCGGUACGUGGCAUUUGCAUAUUUUUAAAUCUUGGUGCAUGAUAGUUGGGACAUCCUGUAUACCAGUCUACACAGGUUUCAAGCAGGUGAAAGGAAAGCAUCUACUUAUAGCUGCCCAUUUCCCACCAUUCUAUAUGCGUCUAAAGGCGCCUGGGUGUUUGACCUAUAGCUUUCACCACUGCGAACCUCGAAAUUAACGACGUAGAAGCCGCAGUGUAUCCGCAAAAACUACUUCGCAAAAACUUAACUGUCCCAAACGUACCAGCAGUGCACCAGCCUUCUUCCCAAAUUGAGCAAUAGAAUAGCUUCGAUGGUAUAGGAGAUGAGAAUUUGAAAAUUGUCAUUUAUAAAAUUCUCAUCACUUAUUCUCUCGGUGAUACCACCAGGUAUCUCUGAACGAAUAAAAAACGUUGAUUAAAUUUUAUACCAUGCCAACAUCUUGCCGUGGGCAGUGUAAACAUCUCCUUGAAUGGACCCUUGUCUACAGUUCAUUUUACAUCGCUAUGAUAAAUUAGUUUAGAACAUGUUUCCAAAAUUUAAGAAAAAAAAACGUUUAUUUCGUCUUUUCCUUUUUCAUCACUGCGAGCCGGCCUAGUUGGAAUUGAUUCAUCGCGAUGUUCCUUUUUCACACCUUCAAAAAUUUUGUGGAAAUAUUACAUCUCUUGUCCGUGACCAGAAGACACUAAUAUUUUCACUUAAUUUUAUCUUGAUCGGAACCAGUUCAUAUGUAUAUGUAAUGAGAAAUCGAUCAUGCAGUUCGAGGUGUAAAUGAGUACCACUUAGGCGUUCGAUAUACACUGCUUCAAUGUUUAAAUAACGUUUAAAUAUAACGAUUUUAUGAUUAAUAAUUCCUGAGUUUAACUUCUUACCGCUUUCGUUCUUCCUGAGCAUCAUUGUCUUAGAAUACUGGACCCAUAUUAACAAAAAGAUAUUGUUGCGCCUGUCUCUCUUUCUAAAGCGUGCUGUGGAGAAAAUAACCGCAAACUAGUAUAUGUAUCAGAGAUCUUCGAACCUCCUCAUUACGGCAUCCCAGGAAUCGCAUUUGCUACGCUUCGAACCAUCAGCAUUUCUAAGUUGUCCGCGCUGCAGUUAGAUAAUGGGAACCACUAAGCGGCAGGUACGUACAAAGGUUAGAGUGCACGCAGCCGUGCAAACAGCCCUGCGGUAAAACGAUAAAAGUCUGGCUUAGACUCACGGAAUAUAUCUUGAAGCCACGAAUAAGCAUGCCGGCUUGGAGAUUGCGAGGUGCAUGCAGUCCAGAAGCAUCGUUUAGAGCUUUCUUUCGGCGAGGACAACCACAUAAGCCAUGGACCUGGACGAACUGCUGCCGGAAAUCGGGGCCUUCGGGCCGUACCAGAAGUGGAUCUACUUCCUCCUCUGCAUCCCGGCCACGCUGCCUUCGGUAUUCACUCUCUUCAGCAGCAUCUUCGUAUCGGCCACACCCCGCCACUGGUGCCGUGUACCCGAGAUGGAGGCCCUCAAGGGCGCCUUCCCGCCCGCGCUGCUCGCCGAACUCAGUAUACCGUCGCGAGCGGGGGGCGGCUUCGAAAGCUGCCUCAUGUACGACCUCAACUACACGGCGCUGGUGCAUCGUGCGCUCGACGAAGGCACGCUGCCGCAACCAAACGAGUCCUGGCCGACGCGAGCCUGCGACAAUGGGUGGGUCUACGACACCACCUACUACGAUGACACGCUAGUGACGCAGAUGAAUGUCGUCUGCGACGACGCGUGGAAGGUAUCCAUGGCCCAGUGCGCAUUCUACAUCGGCAGCGUGGUUGGCAACCUGCUGUUUGGAUACAUCGGUGACAGGUGGGGUCGCAAGAAGUCGUUCCUGCUGAUUAUCGUGGUGAGUCUGGUGGGAGGAAUCGGGGCCGCCUUCCCGGUUACCUACGAGGGUUACAUCGCCUGGAGGGGCGUUGUGGGCAUGACCUACCCAGCCAUCUUCCAGACACCGUUCAUCAUGAGCAUGGAGAUCAUGAGCCCCGAGAAGCGCACCUUCGCCGGCAUGUUCGUGUGCGCCAUCUACGGCGUGGCGCUCAUGUGUCUGGCCGGUGUGGCAUACCUGCUGCGCUCCUGGUUUGCCGUUGCGGUGGCCACCUCGCUGCCCUUCGUCGUGCUGCUGGCCAUUUGGUGGCUCAUUCCAGAGUCUCCGCGGUGGCUUCUCAGUCAGGACAGACUGGCCGAGGCCGAGAUUCUUGUCCAGAAAAUUGCCAAGAGGAAUGGAAAGAAGAUUUCGCCAAAUUUCUUGGCGACAUUUAUGGAACAAAAGAAAGACCUAUGCUGCGAUGAGAUAGCAACGGAAGAAAAGGUGACGCUACAGAGACUUGUGCAGUACCCGAACCUGCUGAAAAAGGUGGUAGUGGUGUGCUUCAGCUGGACGGCCAACACCGUGGUGUACAAUGGCCUGUCGUUUGCCGUGUCGUCAAUGGGCAUCAGCGAUUACGUGUCAUUCACCAUUAGUGGCGCCGUCGAGGUGCCGGGCGUCUGCUUGGCCUGGUACUUCAUGGACAGGCACGGCAGGAGACCCGUGAUGCUCUUCAACAUGCUGCUUGGAGGCCUCGCCUGCAUCGCCACUGUCUUCGUUCCAUCAGAAAUUGCAUGGCCCACCGUGGCGCUGUGCAGCCUAGGAAAACUGAGCAUCACAGCAUCCUUCGCCACGAUAUACGUGUACGGCGCCGAACUGUUUCCAACCGUGCUCAGAACUUUGGCCAUGGGGAUCGCUGCCAUGACCGCAAGCAUCAGUCUCAUCAUUACACCUCACAUACUCUACCUGGGUCACAUUUACGGCGUGGUCGUCCCCAGCACUAUUUUCGGGGUCAUGUCGGUGGCAGGGGGCUUAGCCAUCUUGCUCCUACCGGAAACAAUGAAAGUGCACCUGCCGCAAACCCUCAGCGAAGGAGAGGCUUUCGGCAAGGACGCCCAAUCCUGCAGCUGCUUUAGGAGCAGGACGAAUGAGGAAGACAGCCAUAAAAGUAAACAAGGAAAGCAACACCAAGAAACAUUCAGUGUAUGAGCGCAAUAAAUACAGCGAAGUCGUGCGCUUCCGACGGAGCGGGCCUUGUCGGCCUGCUUUCGGACACGGCCAGCAUUUUUCGAAGCCUUUGGAUUUCCUCGGCCGUCAGACAACCAUUUUUUACCUUACCAAAGAAGAAACAAGCAAUAAAUGGGUCGUGAAUUUCC